AUGGGUUACCAAGGUCAUGGAGGCAGCAGGGGCGGCGGCAAAAGAGGUGGUGCGCGUGGUGGUUUCAACAACAGUCGUGGUGGAUUUGGAGGAGGAGGUCGAGGAGGAGGUGGUGGUAGAGGAGGUCGAGGAGGCUCUAGUGCUGGUCGUCAAAGUCAUGAUUCAGGCUCAAGAUCCAGCUAUAGUGCCAACAACCAGCAGCAACAGUACUACGAUCAAGGUGCUCAGCAAUAUAGUGAUGGCAAUGCUUAUGGCGCUGAAGCCCAAGCACAACAAGAUUAUGCACAACAACAAGCUCAAUAUGAUCAAUAUUACCAACAAGGACCACCUCCAUCACAAGGUUCUUAUCAAGAUCAACCACCUUUUGACCCUAAUGCUCCACCUGCUCAGCCAUACUAUGAGUACCCACCUCAUGCUGAUCCAAAUGGAGUUCCACCAAAUGGAGCUUAUGAAAUGCCACCACAUGCUGACCCAAAUGUUCCUUAUAAUGUUCCACCUGAAGCAACAGGAAUCCCACCUCAUGCCAACGGAGAAGGUGCUCCUCCAACAAGUGCAGGUGGUGUUCCAGGUGAAGAAGUUCCAGGUUCAGUAGCCACAGAUCAUAGUCAAAUACCACCAGACCAAGCUGCUGGUGACAUGAAUGCUGGUUCAUAUGCUCAACAUUUCCCAGGGUAUCCAUAUGAUCAAUCAGGUGCAUGGGUCGAAAGAGGAUACCAUGAUGAUAUUGAGAAAAAACUUCAAACUUUAAAACAAAAUUAUGCAACUCAGACCAAGAAAUAUAACGAUUUGAAAGAGAAAUACAAAUUGAGUAAUGAAAAUGCAGAAAAGAAGAUAAAGUACCAAGCAGAAAAGAUAAAGAAGUUAACAAAUCUGACAAGUAAAACAGAAAAGAUCACGGUACCUGACGGGGAAGGUGAAAUUGAAGUUAAUGCUGAAAACGUUAAAUAUUCAAACAAAGAUGCCGUUAAUAAAGAUUCUGUCUUGAAUGCACUAAAAGCAGAACGUGAUGUUUAUAAAGGGAGAACUGAAGCUUUGGCUAAUGAUUUGAAGAAAGCUCAACAUGAUAAAGUUGCAGCAUUUGAUGAUGCUAAGAGUAAAGAAGAUGAAUUGAAUGAAUUUAAAGAUAAAUAUUUGGAGCUGGAGAAGGAAAAACAAGAAUUACAAUCUAAAUUAGAUCUUUUGGAAAAAGAACCACCAAAAUCUCCAGUUUUGAAAGCUAUUGAUGCUAAUGGUGAUACUAAAAUGAAUGGAGGUGACGAUAUUGACAAUCCAAAAGACAUCAAAGCAUUAUCUGAAAGAAAAGAAUAUUAUAAGAAUAAAUAUUUGAGAUUGCUAGAAGAGAAAAAUGCUGAGCAACAAGGAUUCCUUCAAGUUAAUAAAAGAUUACUUGAACAAUUCCUUUUCACUCCAAAACCUGCUGAAGCUUAG